GGGUGGGUGACCGGCUUCCCUUCUGUCUAAGCUCCGCCCUUUCUCCUGACAGUGACCAUGGCGCCGGUGUACAGCAAGUACCUGACUGCCCGCAACUCGUCUGUAGCUGGCGCGGCGCUUUUCCUGCUCUACCUGAUUAACAAGCGGAGGGGGGCAAGCGGGAAGAAAAAUGGCAAGCCAUCUGUACAAAACAAUGAGAAAGAUGGAAAAAAGGAAAAAGCAGUGGUUGAUAGAGUUUUCUUUGCACGGAUUGGGCAGAUCUUGAAAAUACUAGUGCCUAAAACUAUCUCCAAGGAGACUGGCUAUCUGGUUCUUAUAGCUGUGAUGCUAAUUGCUCGUACAUACUGUGAUGUUUGGAUGAUUCAGAAUGGCACAUUUAUUGAAAGUGCGAUCAUUGGCCGCAGCAGAAAAGAUUUUAAGAGAUACCUGUUCAACUUUAUCGCUGCCAUGCCUGCUAUCUCUUUGGUAAAUAAUUUCUUGAAGUUUGGCCUGAAUGAGUUAAAAUUGUGUUUCCGGGAAAGACUUACCAAAUACCUCUAUGAUGAAUAUCUAAAAUCCUUUACCUACUACAAGAUGGGAAAUUUGGACAACAGAAUAGCGAAUGCUGACCAACUGCUUACACAAGAUGUUGAGAGGUUUUGUAACAGUGUGGUGGAUUUAUAUUCCAAUCUGAGCAAGCCAUUUUUGGACAUUGUCUUGUACAUCUUCAAACUGACAAGUGCUAUUGGAGCUCAGGGGCCAGCAAGUAUGAUGGCAUACCUUCUUGUCUCAGGCCUUUUCCUUACACGCCUCAGAAGACCCAUCGGCAAGAUGACAGUUACUGAACAGAGAUAUGAAGGCGAAUACCGAUAUGUCAAUUCAAGGCUCAUUACCAAUAGUGAGGAAAUUGCAUUUUAUAAUGGGAAUAAGAGGGAGAAACUUACCAUCUACUCUUCUUUCCAAAAACUGGUGGAGCACUUGCAUAACUUUAUUUUGUUCCGUUUCUCCAUGGGAUUUGUAGAUAGCAUUAUUGCCAAAUAUCUUGCAACUGUGGUUGGAUACCUUGUUGUUAGCCGUCCAUUCUUAACAAUAAACCACCCGCGCCAUCUAAACAGUUCACAUGCAGAGCUUCUAGAAGACUACUAUCAGAGUGGAAGGAUGUUGCUUCGGAUGUCCCAGGCUCUUGGAAGGAUCGUUCUUGCAGGCCGCGAAAUGACUAGAUUAUCAGGUUUUACCGCAAGAAUAACAGAAUUAAUGCAAGUGCUCAAGGAUUUGAACCAAGGGAAGUAUGAACGCACUAUGGUCUCCCAGCAGGAUAAAGAGGUAGAAGCUGUUCCAAGCAUCCCCUUAAUACCUGGAAGUGGAAAAGUUAUCAAUGCUGACAAGAUAAUUAAAUUUGAUCAUGUUCCCCUAGCAACACCCAAUGGAGAUAUACUGAUCAGAGACCUAAACUUUGAGGUGAGGUCGGGCACUAAUGUUCUAGUCUGUGGACCCAAUGGAUGUGGAAAGAGCUCACUUUUCCGUGUGUUGGGAGAGUUGUGGCCUCUGUUUGGAGGCUCUCUUACAAAACCUGAGAGAGGAAAACUAUUUUAUGUACCUCAGAGACCGUACAUGACCCUUGGGACUUUGCGGGAUCAAGUAAUCUAUCCAGACACCCAAGAAGACCAGAAAUGUAAAGGAAUAGCUGAUAAGGUGCUGAAGGAAUACCUUGACAAUGUUCAGUUGGGACAUAUUCUUGACCGUGAAGGAGGCUGGGAUAGUGUCCAAGACUGGAUGGACGUCCUUAGCGGAGGAGAAAAACAGAGGAUGGCGAUGGCGAGGUUGUUUUACCACAAACCCCAGUUUGCCAUAUUGGAUGAAUGCACAAGUGCCGUUAGUGUAGAUGUAGAAGGUUACAUCUACAGCCAUUGUAGGAAGGUUGGAAUAACUCUGUUCACAGUGUCACACAGAAAGUCCCUCUGGAAGCACCAUGAGUUUUACCUUCACAUGGACGGCAGGGGCAACUAUGAGUUCAAGCAGAUCACAGAAGAGACGGAUGCAUUUGGAUCUUGAACGUCUUGCUAGUAAUUACAGUGACAGCAAAUCUUCCAUAAACCUGUUAAAAACUAUAAUUUGUAGGGUUUUUUUACCAAUAUUGCCUAAUCCUAAAGAAUCCAUGUUUAAUAUUUAGAAUAUUGACAAUUGUGUUUACGUCUGUUUAAUUAUUAACCCUGCACUAAGAGAACCAAUGAAUUCCUCACAGAGGUUAGGGUUUAAAUGAAUGGAUUAAUAAGAAAUACUGAAGCUUGUAUUGCCACGGGGCAAUGCGUCUUGUUCCUAUGUGAGAAGCGUCUAGGUUGCCACGUUUUCUCUGGGUACUACUGUUGUUGUCCUGUGCCUGAAAGCUGUGCUUCCUUUCCUAAGCAUUUCCUGUGGCGUUGGCUUAGGCCUAAGGUGAAACCAAGAAAUCAUUCAAAACCACGAAAGCAUGUCUGUUUUAACUGCUGUAAAUGUAAAAAUGUUUUCUUUAAAUUAUUCUCAGGUUCAUUUUGUAUCUAUAUUGAUACUGAGGCACAAGUCAAACAUAACUUGAUGCACUUUCCCAUUCACCUAAUCCAUAUAAUAAGACUCAAAUAUAAUGCGGCAUGUUUCACCAAAAAAAAAAAAUGGUUUUCGCUGAGCAGUAUCAGCCCAGCUGGCCAUGCAGGACUUUGGCCUGUUCCAGUUAAUGGCAGCCCUUGGUUACCCAUAGGGUAUGUUUUCUGGCGUGAAGCAGUUUGGCUGCACUUUUGUAUACAAUACACUGAUUCUUUUCAAGUUAUACAGCUCAUGAUGUAUUUUUCAGCAACCUCCAUCUCCUUUUAAUGUAAAGUGGAUGUUAAUUGGAUGGCUUUUUAUGCAACUAAUUCAGUAGCGAGCCAUUUAUUGGUUUUGGGAGUUGAUUGGAUAUAUUGUAACAUAAAAAUGUGCUACUUGAAAGCAUGCACUGAGUACGCAAUAAAACAAAAUCCUUUCCAAGA